ACGCUUCCUCUUGCUCUGAUUGGAAGGCACGACCCGUCACUCACCUUGGAUGAGAGCGAGCACAAACUGCCAAGAUGAAGCAUUACGAGGUGGAGAUUCUGGAUGCCAAGACCAAGGACAAACUCUGCUUCCUGGACAAGGUUGAGCCAAAUGCCACUAUUGGGGAGAUCAAGUCUAUGUUCCACAAAAGCCAUCCUCAAUGGUACGCAGCCAGACAGUCCAUCCGUCUAGACCCAAAGGGUAAGUCUCUAAAGGAUGAGGACGUUCUGCAGCAUCUUCCUGUGGGAACCACGGCAACCUUCUACUUCCGAGACCUGGGAGCUCAAAUCAGCUGGGUCACCGUGUUUCUGACAGAGUAUGGUGGUCCUCUCCUCCUCUACCUCAUGUUCUACUUCCGUGUUCCCUUCAUCUACGCCCCCAAAUAUGACUUCACCACCAGCAAGCACUGGGUCGUACAUCUAGCCUGUAUGUGUCACUCCUUCCAUUACCUGAAGAGACUCCUGGAGACCCUGUUUGUCCAUCGCUUCUCCCACGGGACCAUGCCGCUACGCAACAUCUUCAAGAACUGCACCUACUACUGGGGCUUUGCUGCCUGGAUGGCCUACUAUAUUAACCACCCUCUGUAUACACCCCCUACAAUCUAUGGUGAGCAGCAGGUCAGGAUUGCCCUCAUCAUCUUUCUGUUCUGUCAGGUUGGUAACUUCUCCAUCCAUAUCGCCCUGCGGAACCUCCGCCCACCAGGAUCUAAGACCAGGAAGAUCCCCUACCCCACUAAGAACCCCUUCACCUGGAUCUUCCUGCUGGUCUCCUGUCCCAACUACACCUACGAGCUGGGCUCGUGGUUUGGCUUCACCUUGAUGACUCAGUGUCUGCCGGUGGCUUUCUUCACGGCGGUGGGCUUCAUCCAGAUGACGGUGUGGGCCAAGGGGAAACACCGCAGCUACCUGAAAGAGUUCCGGGACUACCCUCCCCUUCGCUCGCCCAUCCUCCCCUUCGUCCUCUAGAGGAGACCCUCGCCCAUCCUCCCCUUCGUCCUCUAGAGACCCCCAUCCUCCAGAGAAGAAUGGAGACACACCCAAACCUACUCUACACUGGACUGACCUGGAAUGAGAACCCUACCCCCCCCCCCACCCUCCAAUUAAUAACACUUAACCCCCCCAAACAUUUUGAGGAGACUUGUCUUAUACUAUGCUUUCCCGCCUAACAACGCUCCUCAACCCACUUUUGAUUGGCUAUUGUUAUUUUUCUUAUCUGAGUGUUUUGUCUGUUUAAUAACCUGACUGACAGUCUGGCGUGUCUCAAAUGGUACACUACUACAGGGCCCUCUGGUUAAAAGUAGUGCACUACAUAGGGGAAGAAAUGGGGAAAUAAACCAUGAUGUGCUUUUGGUC